UUUUUUUUUUUUUUUUUUUUCGCGUUGAAGCAUGAUCAUUUAAAUCGGUUGUUGCUAUAUACCCUGUCGCAAAUCUCUCUCUAUUUCGACGCCAUUCACUCGUUUUCAAAUCCUCGUCUCUCGCUCUUCAAACCAGGGGAAACUACCUACCUACUAUCUCAUCUAAUAUCACCAACUUCUAAACCCCAAAACGCUUUAAUAUCCAAAAACUAUAUACAACACACAUCGCUUCUCCUCCCAACUUCACCGCCAUGGCCUCUUCCUCCUCCCAACAACCCCCCCAAAUGGAGCAAAUCACACCGCAAACCGCCCCGGCGCCAGCAAUCGCAGCGCCUCCGCCAGCGCAAAUGAGUCUCCCGGCAGGAUACCAGCCGUAUCCCUAUCCCGCACCGGCUCCAAUGACUUACGCUCCCUUCCCGGCCCAGCAGGCCUUUGAGCCGCCCAGGCCCCCGCAGAACAAGGUCUGGGAGUUCAUCAAGCUGGGGCUUCAGUCGCUGUCCUUCGUCCUCGCCGUGGUGGGCAUCGGCCUCGGCUUCAGCACCCUCAACUACGUCUACUUUAUCGACACCGUCGUCAUCGCAGCAGCUCCUCCCUGCAUCAUUGCCGCCCUCUGGAGCGGCGCCGAGCUCAUCACCCGCGCCGUCCGCAAAUUCAAAGGCGGCAUCCACCCCGGCGCCCACGUCGCCCUCUCGCUCAUCAUCUUCCUCGUCGCCGUAAUCCUGACCUCCCUCUUCGGGCCCUGGUUCCAAAGCUCGUGGAACGACAACUACGACUACGACGACGGCGACUCGUGCUCGUACCGAUACAACUCCACCCUCGACGACUACGUCUACUCGUGCACUGACAACUCCAACGACCCCGAUGUUAUCGCUGCCAGGCACCAGUUCCGCCAUGAGAGGAGCGUUGCGUAUGCUGCCGCCAUCAUCACCUACAUCAUUGCCGUGAUUCACUUCAUCCUGUUUGUUGGUGCCUGUGUCGAUACCUCCAAGGUCAAUGCUGCUGCUUCGCGACCCAUCUAUGUCAUUGCGCAGCCCCAGGGCCUGCAGGCCAUGAUGCAAGGCUGGCAGCCCAUCCAACAAGCUCCGGCUGAGACUCAGGCUAGGAAUGUAGCAGCCCCUACUGAGACAGAGGCUGAACCUGAAAACGAGGCUACCACUCAGAGCAAAGGAAAGGGCAAGGAGCCCAUGCGCAGUGGCGACAUUGUAGAGCAUGACGCUCCCAGUGGCUCACAAGCAUAAGAUUGUCCAAAAAUAGGGGGGUAUGAAGGCGGUAAUGUUAGUAAUGUUGGAAACGAGGUAAUGCGAGGAAGUAGUAUUGGGUCGAAGAGUAGAGAGUAUAUAUCGAGGACGCGACGUUGGUUGACCUUGUUAUGUUGAAGAUACCCGUUUAGUCACAUACCCAAGCCUCUCAAUUAUACCUAUAGAUGAAUAUAAUAGACACACCG